AUGGCGACCAGCGACAAUCUACAUAUGUUUCAAGAUCACCCUCGAUGGGAAGAAUACAAGUUUGAGAAGCUGCGGCCGUCCACGUCGUCAUCUUCACCGGGGAAGAGGGUGAAGAGGAGGUACCAACCACGUCGGUCGUUGGUGCGGAAGGAAGGCAAGAGCAACGUUGCUUACAGAGGCAUCAAGAAUAAGGGACUGCAUUAUGUGAAGGACUUCUACAAUAGCUUACUUGAUCUAAAAUGGCGGUAUGCAUUUUUGGUACUGUUUGGUGGUUUCUUAGCGUCAUACCUAACUUUCGCCAUCUUAUACUGGGUGUUAGGCUACAUACACGGUGACUUCCAUAACCUCCACAACCCAGAGUGGGUGCCAUGCUUUAUGAGGGUCACGUCUUUCUGGGACAGUCUGUUAUUCUCGAUCGAGACCCAGUCGACAGUUGGGUAUGGAACGCUGUACCCGUCCCCAGAGUGUGGGGUUGCCAACAUCCCUCUCGUGUUCCUGCAGAUGACCCUCGGCGUCCUCCUGGAGGCCGUCAUACUCGGCAUGGUGUUUGUGAAGAUUGCUCGGCCGAAGAACAGAUGUCAGACGAUCAUGUUCAGCAGAAGCGUGUGCGUCUGUCAGGAAGACGGCGCGAUGUGCCUACAGGUCCGUGUGGGCGAUAUCAGAAGUAAGACCCAUCUCAUCGACGCUAGUGUGUAUGGAAUGGUUGUCCAGAAGCACAUAUGCAAGGAGAAGUACGUGUAUCCGUUGUUCCAGCAUAAAAUCGAACUCAAAUCGCACGGCAUUAAAGACAAAAUCUUCCUCAUCUGGCCCAUGGUGCUGUCUCACAGGAUCACCGAAGACAGCCCAUUGUGGAGUAUCAGACCCGAGGACCUGUUCCUGGACAAGUUCGAGAUUAUCUUCUUCUUGGAAGGGACUAUCGAGACGACAGGGGAGCUGUUGCAGUCGCGGACCUCGUACUCAGCUUCCGAGAUUCUCUGGGGUCACAGGUUUGCCAAGAUCGAAGAAUACGAUGAAAGAAGCAACGCAUGGUGCAUUGACUUUGUCCGCUUCGACAACGUGGUCCCAAGUCAGACACCCAAGUGCAGUGCCAAAGAAGCUAAACUGUUGUACAAAGGUACAGGCAUUUUCAGGAAUCGCGAAAAAGGGGACAGCGGAAAAAGACGAGCCCAAAGCGAGACUGACGACAUCGACUCGGUAUCUGUAGCGUCCAUCGACUCCUAUGGGACGGCGUCAGAAUCUCAUAGCGACGACAACGACUGCGACAAAACAAGGUGUUUUGCAUUGUUCGGGGUCAUCGCGUACAGUGGUACUGCUCACCCAUCUCACAAGUUAGCAAUCUACCUUCCCAGCUGUAAUUUGGGGGCCCCGUUCCUGUUUUAG